UGUGCGGAGGUGCGCUGCUGUAAAUUGUCAAGACUUCCCAGAUGUUUCUUCUCAGUAAAGAGGCUUGGUAUUUCUUAACUGUUUUUUGCACUAGGGGGCUCCCAGGAGUUAGAAAGAAACAGACAGAAGGCUGUUCUUUUUGGAAACAAGACAUCACACUGGGGUUUUCCAAUGCAGAAUUUAAAAUAGCUUUAAAAAUAAUGACGAAAAGUUCAUGUAAGUGUGUAGCAGUUAUCUGGAAACAACCGCCCUGGACAGUCAGAGCAUUCUGAAGGUCUGUGGAGUUUGCAGUGAAAUCUCCAAAACAUGAGCUGUAGAGUCAUGUAUGACUUGUGUGUUCCAGGACUUUGAACACAGAAAUACAGGUUUGGAUAACUUGAAAGCUUGCUCCCUAUUUGGUGACAGCUUGGAUGGUCCUAAGAAAGAUACUGCCCAACUGUGGAUUUUGGAUUUUUUUAUUCUUUCUUGCAUGGACCAGCACAGUUUCUUUUGUGUUUUUAAGAGAAGUUUUACUAGACAAAGACUGAGACAAGCUGUGUAGCUCUGUGCCAGCCCAGAAGGGACUCCCAGACUUUUCCUACUGUGACUCAGUUAACUGUGUUUACACAGCCGACUCCAUUCAUUCUCUGAAACAAACUCACACCCUCUGUGGUGGCAGAUAAGAUUUUAACAGCUUGUUGGGACAGCCUGUCAGAUUAAUUACAACUGAACAUUCACAUUCCUUGGGCAUUUCCAGUGUGCGUGUGUUUGUGUGUGUACAACACACACACACACACACACACACACACACACACGAAGAGCUGGAAAAAGAGGAGGAGAAAUCCAAUAAUUUAGAAGGCAUGCAUCAUCACCAUCAUCAUCCUAGCAGGCAACCAGUGAAUUCCUAAGCUACAUUCAUCAUGUUGAUUCAUUGGAGAAAUGAGCUUCCUGGAUCAGACAUGCCAAAUUUUAAACUGGUUCAUUUGCUCUCUGUGCGCACCCCAGUUGCUAAGACUCUGGAGUGGCAGGUGCCCAAGGACCAGAAGGAAUUUGUUGUUGGGCACAGCCUUUGUGAUAUAUCUGGGGUUCCUUGUCAGCCAAGUAGGUCACAUUGUCCCACAGUACAGAAUGAGACCCCUGAAAGCAAAUUCCCAGAAUCUCCAAGAUGCUGCGCAGACUCUUUCCCUCGAAAUCCCAUUGGAUGACACCUUGUUGCUUUCUGAUCUGGAAAGACCCCAGAUGGGAACAAAUGAUACUUCAGCACUGCCCAAUGUGGUGUAUAUCACCCUGCGGUCCAAGCGCAGCAAACCUGCCAACAUCCGAGGCACCGUGAAACCCAAGCGAAGGAAGAAACAAACAGUACCUUUGCACCAUGAAAAUAAGGACCCAUUGGUUGUCGCUGGCCAGGAGAAGAGCUUAAUCCAAAAGCCACUUCAUGGGACUAAUAAUUCUAUGAAUAAGAGGAGAUCAGGAGCAGUCCCAGAGAGAGCAAGGGAGCACCAGGAGAAGUUCAAAGAGAAAGAAACACCCAAGAAAGACAAGAGACGUUGGAGACCUCUGGUCAGAGGAGCAAAUGUUCAGCCCAGUGCUCUGGAGAGCAAUAUCAGGAUGUACAGCGAAAGCCCACCAUCUUGGCUGAGCAAAGAUGAUAUCUUAAGUAUGCGUCAUCUGGCGGAUUCCAAAAUAGAGAAUAUACAAGAGGCACCUUCUCAGUAUGGAGUAGUUCUGGUACUUGAGGGGGCUGCUACGGUUAACAGGUCAGCCAAAGGAGGUGUUUGCAGCCAAGGGCACUGUGGCCUCAUGAAGAGACCUCUUGACAUGAGUGAAGUGUUUGCCUUCCAUUUGGACAGGAUCCUUGGGCUGAACCGGACCUUGCCUACAGUAAGCAGGAAAUCAGAAUUCGUACAAGAUGAUCAGCCAUGUCCUAUUAUUCUUUGGGAUACCUCCUUGGCUCAGACCGAUAAUGAGACACACUCGUCAUUGAAGCUAACGUGGGGGGCUUACAAGCAACAAUUAAAGCAAAAGUGUUGGCAAAAUGGCAAAGUACCCAAAACAGAGUGGGGAUGUACAGAUAUCCAUCACUAUGAGUGGUCCAAGAUGGCACUACUUGAUUUUCUUUUACAGAUCUACCAUCGCUUGGACAAGAACUGCUGUGGGUUCAAACCACGCAAAGAAGAUUCCUGUGUCCAGAAAGGAUUGAACCUGAAUUGUGAUGACCAGGAUAAUGUUGAUUUGACACACAUUAUCCAGAGAAAAGAUGAUCCAAGGCAUUUGGUCUUUAUAGAUAAUAAAGGUUACUUCGACAGAAGUGAAGACAAUCUGGAUUUCAAAAUAUUACAAGGCAUAAAUGAGUUCCCUGAAUCGGCAGUCUCCGUGCUGAAAAGCCAGCGUUUGCGAGAGAAGAUUCUACAGUCUUUGUUCCUUGACAGAAUUUUUUGGGAAAGCCAAGGUGGUCGUCAAGGCAUUGAUAAAUUAAUUGAUGUGAUUGAACAGAGGGCCAAAAUUCUUCUUACUUACAUUAAUGCUCAUGGGGCAAAAGUACUGCCAAUGAAUGAAUGAAGGCUCAGUCCUGUGCACACUUACAUGGGAAUAAGAAACACUGCACACAGUAGGACUUACUUCUAAGUAAACACACAUAAGAUUGUGCUGAAUGGGGGAAUGAGAAAAAAACUAGUUCUAAUGAAAGGGUCACAGAGUUUCAUUAAAUAAGAAACUCAGACAGGCACACCUGAUGUGAAACUUGUUGACAAUACUUUUAAUUUAUAAAGCACACAUGAACAAAUGUUCAAACAUUUUUUAAAUUUGUAUUCUCUAAAGGAGCCUGAGAUGUAAGCAUCCGAAAUCACUUGCUUUAUAAACCAUACGUAUAUCUAUUUUUGUUUCUACUUUGGACACCAAUAAUAUAUGGUAGAAGUUUCACCAUUUAUUUGAUUUCAAUAGAUGUUGCUCACUUUAGGGGAAAAAACAUCUUAGACUACUUAUUUCAAUGGGACUGUUCUAAAAAAAGUGGUUUUUAGGAUCGCUGAAGACUUGCUUCAGGAAAACAUUUAUACAAGGAUUUUUCUGUUUCUUUCCAACAAAAAUAGCAGAUCCCAACUGCUGUUGAUAUUUCUGUAUGUGUCAAGUAUUGUUUAGUAAAAAGACCAAAUUCAGUGUUCUUGGAAUUAGGAGUAUGAUAUUUUAUAUUUAGUUUUUUUUAAAAAAGGAAAUAUGUUAUCCAUUGAACUAAGCAGAUGUUUCAUGGUUAUGUUACAUACUUGCUUUUGAGGUUCUUUUUAGAACUUGUCUACAAUCUGUCAAUCAUUGUUCAAAAAUUCUGCAGAGAACCGUCUACCUUUGUUUAGCUGUUUAAGCAAUGAAAUCAAGUUUUCAGUAUGUAAAAUACUGGCAAUUGUAACUUUAGUUCUUGAGUAUUCUAUGAUAUCAAAACAUGACUUUGAAGACAUUCCUUCCAGUUAAUAUAUUUUUAAGAAUACUGAUAAAACCAUAAUGAAAAGGGACAUGAAUAUCGGUAUUGUCACUAGUAUGGAAGCUUACAUAAAGCAUUGUGUUCUGGUUUUUCGAUCUCAUUGUUAGCAUAUAGGCUUUGAACUCAUGAUGGGAUGGAGGCAAAUGCACCUCUAGUAUCCUGGAGAUAGAGUCUGCCCCAAGAGUGUUUAGUAUUUGUAUAGUUCAUAGUGACCAGCUGCAUUGUCCUGUGUCUCACCAAAGAAUCCUGAAAUGUAUAGUUUGAUGAGUGUGUUUUAGAGUAUGGAUUAACCAACCUAAGUCUCUGGGUCAUAGGUUUCAGGUCGUACAGAAACUAAUUCUCAGGUGGUUGCCCUUUAUUCAUUCAGCUGCAAAUGACAGAAGGGCUUGGCUGAAAAGGGAGUCAACUGCAUCAACGGAAAGCACAAAACCAAUCCCACCCCCCAGGCCACAACACCACUGCAAUGUAAGUUCUCAAAGUAGCUCCCCCCCUGUUGUUCUUUGUAUGAGAGAUUGCAAUCAUUUGCUGAAUGUAAAUGAUUGAAUAGCUCAUAUUAUGAUGGCCUGGUGUUUGUCCCUGAAAGAAAACCGCCCUUUUUUGUAUCCAUAAAUCCAGCCCUGUGUUUUGUGUGCCUGUUUCCCCAACUGUGGCUUGUGCCAAACAAGCACUCACCACAGGAAUUUACAUGCUAUUACAUUUUUUUUCCCUGCUCACCUUAACUGCUGGGGCAAGGGUGACAGCUAAAUUAAGCAGCAGGCUUUUAUUCCAGCCUGGGAAAUGGGACAAAAUGAACUAUGAAACAAAGCUUUCCCAGGCAAACACGGAGCAGCAUACACUUGUUUCAGUCACUUAUUUUGUAAGAAUCUGUAUCAGGCUACUUUCCAUUUAUGGGCACAUGGGAUCAGACAUAUUUUCACAUUCCAGACUAGUCUGAAGCAAUGGGAGUAGCAAGGAAUCCAAGCCCUUUUGUGUGGGAGAAAUAUUCAAGAAAAAUAUUGGGUGAAAUGCCAACUUUUAAACAACUCUGAAUAUUUUCUUAAUUAUAAAAUCUAGGGAUGUUUGCUAGCUGUUCUCACGCUAAGGAAUCCCCUGCCUUCUCUUGCUGCAAAUGAUAAAACAGGUCUGUUCAGUUCCCCAUUGCAGUGCCCACUUAUUUACAAAACUGUGUUUAUUGUUGUUGUUUUUUACAUUAAGGAGAAAUGCUCCAAUUUGGAGCUCAGCAUUACACACACGAAACACAAUCUUUCCCAUCCAGUUUAAUAGAGACUUGUGAAUAAAUUCUUUUUGCACACUUGGUGCUAGGAGUCUUUGCAUAUACUGGAGAGAUGGGUGUUCAUUCCUCCAUGCUCACAAACAGUUUACCCAAGGAGACAAGGCUUGAUAAGAAAUAGUCCCUUCUUAUGUCUGAACUGGCAGACACCAGAAAUUAUAAUCAGACUCUGAAUUUUCUGGGACUUAUCUUUGUGGUCAGCAUGGAACCUGACCUGAAUGUGCACUGUCCUUUUAAAACACAUUGUAUUAGACCAUCAGUAUAAUGAAAUUUUAAUGAAACUCUUGCUGGCAAACAUUACUGUAAAAGAUGAAGUGUAUUGAGAGCAGGCAACUCUAUCCUCUAUCCAGAAGAAAGCAUGUAUAGAAAUUAAAUAAUGAAAGUAAAAACCAAGCAAACAUGUAUUUGAAAUAUUAGCAAGACACACUAGAAUAUUAAUACAGAGUAAUGUGGAUUGUGUUGUUGGUAACAACUUUGCAGUUGAUUCCAUCUAUGUUUGUGCUUUGAAUUUAUGUAUAUUUUUGCAGCAUUAGCAUAUUUCACUUGCACUGCUGAUGUUAAAUAUACUUUUGGUUUUAUAAGAGGAUUUUAAAAAAUGUAUCUGCUGUUGUCUUGGUAAAAAAAAUUAAAAACUAAAAACAGUAUUUCACAGCUUUAUAAAUAUUGGAUGCUUUGAAGUAAUUAUAUUAACUCUAUUGAAAAGCACAGGUCGCUAAUUUAUUUUUAAACUUGAAUAAGCUUAGCUUAGAAAAACAACCCAAGAUAGAUUAUGAAACCUUGUUUGAUGGAAAUAUUUUUAGUUGUUUAUUCAUUUGACUUGUAAUGGUUGCCAAUAUCUUGCCUUUAAAUAUAUCCUCUGGGUUUUUCUGU